UCUUUCAUCUUCUUCUCCACAUUCUCCAUCUCCAUGGGUGACUCAAAGUCCUCUUUCCACCCUGCUCUUGCUGUUUCAAACAUCAAGAAUCUUGUUCCCAUCACUCUUGAGAUGGAGAACGUUCAAUAUGCGACAUGGGCGGAGCUCUUCAAAAUUCACGCAAGAUCCCAUAAGGUCCAUGAUCAUAUUAUUCCUCCGGCUUCGGGAAAGGAGAAAAUGCCUAAGACCGACGAGGAGAAGGAACUGUGGUCCACUCUCGAUGCAACAGUUCUUCAGUGGAUCUACGCCACUAUCUCACAUGAUCUGUUACACACCAUUCUUGAACCCGACACCACGGCAAUGGAGGCUUGGAAUAGGUUGCGUGAUAUAUUCCAAGAUAACAAACACUCCCGUGCCGUUACACUUGAGUAUGAUUUCACUCACACACAAAUGGAGAAUUUCCCAAAUGUCUCUGCUUACUGUCAACAUCUCAAGUCGUUGUCAGAUCAACUUAAGAGCGUCGGCUCUCCGGUGGACAAUAGCCGGCUGGUUCUCCAACUGGUUUCGGGCCUUACCGAGUCAUACAAAGGGGUGGCCACACUAAUUCGUCAAAGUGACCCUCUGCCUCAAUUUUAUCAAGCCCGCUCAAUGCUCGUUCUUGAAGAAGCGGGACUGAAGAAGGCGACUCAGACCACCGAUUCUGCCAUGGUGGCCCGUGACUUGGAUGAUUCUCACGAGAAUGUUGAUCAACAUUCUAACCACCGUAAUAAUUAUGGUGGGAAACGGCACCAACACCGAAACAAUUCUGGGAAGCAGCGUUCUUCAUCCGGUGGUCGUGGCGGCGGCAAAGGCAGUUCUGGUAGUAGCUCCAGUGGUGGGGGCAAAGGCGGCGGCACCAACAGGUGGAACGGUGGCCAACCAGCAAGCCCAGAAUCAGUGGCUGUCUUCGCAGCAGUGUCCUUGGCCAUGGAUGCAGUGGGCAGUUCCACCGUGCCCAUUUCCCGCUGGUCCAUGGGCCAGGCCUCAUUUUCGACAAGGCCAACACCAGCAACCUGGGAUUCUUGGACCUCGACCGCAGCAAGCCUACUCGGCUACUGGUCCGACCCCAACUGA